UGAUACUUAGUAUCAGGAAUUCGUCUACCAAGUCAUUAUUUGCAUUUAGUGUCUUGAACUGAUAGUAUCUUAGGCUUUCCGGGUUAUUAACUUAUCAAAGGGUACAGCGGAUCCUCUAGGUCGCGACAUAUCUGGUUUUUGGUGCAACCGAUCGAUUAACUUACUAAUUACUUAAUAAUAAAUUCUGGAUUUAUUUAGUUUUAAUGCUUAAAAAGCUAAAACAGUUAUUUUCAGCGCAAUGUAGCGAGUAUUUUGGAAAUUAAUUUAAUGGAAGGAUUCAUGCCUCAAAAAAAAUAAUAAUUGGAGGAGGAACUCGGGUAAACAUAAACAAACCAAAAUGUGAGCGUCCAAUAUCUAUCUUUGUUCUUCUUUAUGAUCAUCCAGCCAAUAAAUCUUAAACUCUACUUAGAUCCAAUUUUUCACUAGUUCAAAAAAGAACCCCGAUAUAGCUAGCAUUUUACCAGUCCCUUUAUGUGUCAUCCCAUUUUUACCACAGGGUAUAUAUUCAUUUUUUUGCACAUGCGGAAAACUAUGUGGUCUUUAGGUAUCCCAUUGAGACGGAGACCUUGCUAACGCUAGGGUAGCCAAUUAAUUAAACAGGCUACUGCCCAUAAUAUAAUUAUGCCCAAUUGAAUUUGCAAAUCAAAACAACUACAUACUACAUUCUCUGUCGACAAAGCAGACACAGAAUCCAUCAUUGCGCUAUAGAGAUUUUACUCGUAGCUGCAGCUAAAUGCAUACAAAUGUGCCAAAUUAUUUUUUAUUUGGGGUAGCCUUUUGUGAAUGUUGGUUCCACUAAUUUUGGCUGUGGCGCGCGCGUUCAGUUCCAAGUGGGCUCUUGUGUCGCACAGUUUUUUGCUUCGUUGCGAACGCUUUAAAUAUACAGCUAAUAAAGGAGUUAUGAAUAUUCUUUCAGCCGUCUAAUUAUCCUACCAUCCAUGGAUUUCGAUGAAGUACUUAAAGAGGUCGGAUCCUUUGGUUUGUACCAGAAAAUUAUUAUUUGUUCGGUGCUAUUACCUGCAGCGUUGCCUUGUGCCUUCCACGCCUACAGUCAAUUAUUUAUCGCAGCAACGCCGAAGCAUUGGUGUCGUGUGCCCGAAUUGGAACCAUGGGCGCAGGACUAUGGUGCGCUGGUGAAAAACCUAAGCAUACCUUUGAGCAUGGUGAACAGCAGCGUUGAGUAUGCCAGCUGCGCGAUGUACAACCGCAAUUACUCGGAUAUUGUGCGAUAUAUGGAGUACCGCACCCCUAUAGAGUUGCAACAAGAUAAGGUCUGGCAAAUCGGCAAUCCAGGACGUACCCCAGUUCUGAGCUGCCAACAUGGCUGGUAUUAUGAUCGCUCAAUGUACAGCAGCACAGUGGUUACAGAGUGGAAUCUUGUAUGCGACCAAAGCUUUUUGGUUACGCUGGCUUUGGUUCUGUUUGGCGUUGCUGGCUUGAUCGGCAACUACGUCUUCGGCUAUCUGCAGGAUAAGUGGGGACGUCGACCCUCCUUUUAUGUUUAUCUUCUUAUAGAAAUUGUCGCAUGCGCAGCUAGUGCCUUCGCAUGGAACUACUAUUCCUGGUUGGGUAUGCGUUUUGUGGUGGGUCUCACCGUGCCGGCCAUACUCGCAAGUCCUUAUGUCCUUGCUAUUGAACUGGUUGGUCCUGAGCGUCGCGUUUUUUGCACGAUAGUCUCAAAUAUUGCUUACUCAUGCGGGCUGGUACUACUCGCAGGCAUAGUGUAUCUAAUAAGGGAUUGGCGCUUUCUCACACUGACCGUUUCUUUGCCACUGCUGCUGCUUUUCUCUUGCUAUUUCGUGCUACCGGAAUCGCCGCGUUGGCUGCUCGCAGUGGGUAAAACACGACAGGCGGCACGAGUUUUGAAAACCAUUGCGCGUGUUAAUGGCCACAACAUCCCACCAGAUUUCGUAAAAAUCGUGCACCAAAAAUUACAGCAGGCCGAAGCGGCAAUGGGAAAAGAGACAGAGACAUCUUAUGGUAUCUUGGAUUUAUUUCGCACCACAAACAUGCGUCGUAAAACAUUGAUUAUAACGCUAAUUUGGUUUGCGAACACCAGCGUCUAUGUGGGACUGAGCUAUUAUGCGCCAGCUUUGGGUGGUGAUGAAAUAUGGAACUUCUUUCUCGCUGGCGUUGUUGAGCUACCUACCUACAUUAUGCUAUGGCCAGGCUUAAGCUACUUCGGCCGACGUUGGAUACUUUGCAUAUCUAUGUUGGUGGGGGGUGUGGCAUGUGUUUUGACAUUGCUGUACGAUGAACAGCCAGAGAUAAUGCUGCUACUCUACUGCAUCGGUAAGAUGGGCAUUUCGUCGGCAUUCGUAGUGCUACCAUUACUCGCUUCCGAACUCUAUCCGACUGUGGUGCGUGGCUUGGGCAUGAGCUUCAGUUCGGUAGUCGCGAUGAUCGGACCCAUAGUCAUACCAAUUAUUAAUCACAUGGGUCAGCGCAUGCUUGUGCUGCCGCUAAUAAUAAUGGGUGCGCUAUUAAUUAUCGGCGGCUUUGCUAGCCUUUUCCUGCCGGAGACACGUGGCAAAAAUUUACCACAAACCAUUGAAGAGGGUGAAUCGGUGCCGUUGAAAUAUUUCAAUUGCUGUUGCUGUUGUUGCUGCACAAAGACACCGCGCAGUCCCGACUUGAAUAACUCAGCACUGAUUGCUAAAUAUAAGCGACAGCGUGAACGAGAGCAAUUUGGACGGGGACGAGGGCAGCCAAUGACGGUUUGUAGCAUUUGCAAAAAUGAAAUUAAAGAGACGUGAGAGUUUUCAUUGUAGAAUUAGUGCACAGCUAUUGUAUAAUAUAUGUACAUAUUUAUUUAUUUAGAAAUUACGGUUGAGAGUUUAAAAUAUUCAAACAUUGAGAGUUUUUGUGCCAAAAAUUGUUUAAAAAAAAAUUAAAUUAGUUAACAAUAAAACAAGCUUACAUUUUUCGGUAAAGUUUUUACGCAAAUGCUUGCGGAGUAAGUAGAAAUGAAUUUAAGUACGGUACGAUCUUUUCUGAGGCGAGGCAUGGCAAAUCACUGGUAUGUAUUCUUCAUGUGAUAUUUAAUCUUCUUUUCACGCAGAGAGCAGGUUUGAACUUUCUUCACGCGAUAUAAACAUUAGGGGGGGAUUGAUGGAUCACUUGAAAACUUAUUUUUUCCAUUCUGCAUUACCCUCUAAAGAUACUCGCUAAAUACUCGAAAUAUUUUUUUAUUAUUUUUGAACUGAUUAGGCCUUAGCAGUGUGGCUUUACAGGAUAAUUCUGGCGAUUGUCUUUCAUCUCACCAAAGUCUUUCAACUCGAACAACUUUCUUGAAAGCACUUUUCUGGCGAAAGACUAAUUGAAGGAUCUGCUAACG